CUGGUUGUAGGCACGAGAGGAGCAUCAAGCACAGCCGUUCACGCCGCUCGAAGGAUCUAUUACAUUGAAAAAAGACGGCACCGCGUUACCAGAACGGCUGCGUGAAAGGGACCGGCACUCAGCGCACUGGGGACUUGGAGCAGAACAUUCUGAAUCAGCAGCGCUCGAGAGGAAAGGAAAGAUGUGGAAGAGGUCAAAGGUGACAGAUCAAACUGCCGCUGGGCAGACGGUCGACGCUUCAGAGGGAGUUCAACCAGACGACAAAGGCAUCAAGAAGAAGUCGAAGGUGCCUGGUGUCAUGAUAACGCAGUUUGUGGAGGAACUCCCGGAGGGAAUGUCAACUCCAGAUUUCACCCGCAAACCCAUUGCUCUGACUAUUCAACAGGGUAAAUGUGCUGUGUUUAAAGCCAUAGUAGUGGGCACCCCAACACCUACUGUCACUUGGGGCAGAGCAAACGGAGAAAUACAUUUCCACCCCGACGUGUGCAUGCAAAAGUAUGAUGAGAUAUCAAGAGAACACACCAUUGAGUUCCCAAAGGUCGCUCCAGAGGACGCCGACACCUACAAGUGUUUUGCAACAAAUGAAUACGGAAGGGCUGUUUGCACUGUUGCCUUGAAUGUUAUUCAGGUUGGAUUCUCUAAGACUAAGGAGCUUCAAAAGACACAAGUUGAGGAUACAAAGGACGUCAGAAAAAAUCUGAAAAAGCGCAAGGACGAUGGAACACGUGAGGAAAAGCAGAUGGAGCCAGAGGAGAAGGUCUGGGAAAUCCUCCUCAGUGCCGAAAAGAAGGACUACGAACGCAUCUGUGCAGAGUACGGUAUCAAGGACUUCCGCCACAUGCUGAAGAAACUCACCGAAAUGAAGAAAGAGAGAGAGGAGGAGAUCGCAGAGUUUGUUACACACAUCAGCACGCUGAAACAUAUCGAAGUCAAUGACGACGACUGUGCAACCAUCGAGUUGGAUAUGGACCUCAAGGACCCUUCCAGCAAGCUUUUCCUCUACAAGAAUGGCGUCAUGGUUCCGUUCACCACAGAAGAAAGCGAGUCGAUGAAGCACAAUUUGAAACAAGUGGGCAAGAAAUACGUGUUCACAAUUAAAAACCUCGGUUCAGAAGAUGCUGGACUCUACUCAGUGGACGUCGGGGGUAUCAAUGUGUUUUCCACAGAUUUCAAAGUGCCUGAAGUGGACUUUGCUGUCAAAAUACAAGAAGUUAAAGCAGAAGAACGACAGGACGCCCUGUUCCAAUGUGUCCUGACGGCACCCACGAACGAGCUGAAAUGGUUGGGAAAAAGCACUCCGCUGUCAAAUAGCGAGAAGUUUGAAAUCACUGUAUCUGAAGACAAGCUCAUACACAAGUUGAUUGUGCGUGAUUGCAUGCCUUUGGACGCCGGCAUCUAUGCUGCCGUGGCAGGAAUCAAAUCUUGCAAUGCCUGGCUCGUAGUCGAAGCCGACAAGGAUUCCGCCAGCAAGGGCAAGAAGCCAACCCGUAAAACCACAAUGGCUGGCGGCGGUAAUGACGAAGAUCUUAUGGCAAUAGCCAAGGAGCAGCAGGAGAUAUAUCAGAAAAAAAUGGAUGAAAAAAUGGAAGUUGCCAAGAAAGCUCAGGCGGAGCGAGAAGCAGCAGAAGCCAUUUCCAAAGUGGAGGGUGAAGCAGCGAAAAAGGCAGCGGCGGAAGAAAAAGCUGCGGCUAAAGCCGCGGCUAAGGCCAAGGCCGCGGCUAAGGCCAAGGCAAAGAAGGCAGCAGCCGCCGAGGAUGCAGCUGCCGGUAAAAAGAGAGCAGCUGCCGGUGGGGCAGGAGCUUCUGUUGGCGCAGGUGGCGAAGGUGCAGCCGGGGCCGGUGGUGCUGAUGCCGUCGGAGGUGGAGGAGAAGAUGGAACUGCAGCUGGAGCUGGAGGCGGAGCUGGUGAAGCCAAAGGCUCGGGAGGAGACCUCGACGGAGAAGAAUACGAUUCAUUUGAGGAUUCUGAUGAAGAAAUUGACGGGGAGGGAGGUGGAAAAGGAGCGGGAGAUGGAGGAGCGGGAGAUGGAGGAGUGGGAGACGGAGAAGGAGUGGAAGGAGAAGGAGAAAAAGGAGGAAAGCGCAAGAAACGCGUGAGGAAAGGGCCACUCGUUCCAGAUACAGUGAUAGGAGAUAAUAACGAUGAGGGAACCACAAAUCAACCAGGUGAAACAUCUGGGAAAAAAGAAAAACGUCACAAAAAGAAAAAUGUGGCGGUUGAAGAAGCGGCUGUUGAUCCAGGAGUUCACUUUCAUGCCGGGCUUUCGGACUGCAAAGCCAUCAUUGGAGAAGCAGCCGAGCUGGAGUGUAAAGUGAACAGAGAAGACUGUGAGGGACUCUGGUACAAAGAUGGAGAAGAGAUUCAAUCAUCUGAGGACAUUACCAUUUCAAAAGAUGGAACUUUCCACAGGCUCAAAAUUCACAAAGUCACAGAGGAAUUUGCUGGAAAAUAUAAAUUUGAGGCAGAUGGACGUAAGACAGAGUCCCUGAUUGUUGUUGAAGAUCCCCCCAGAUUUCCUGCUAAGGAACUGGAAGCAUUUAAAAACCCAGUAACAGUGAAAAAAGGACACAAAGCUGCCUUCAAGCUACCGUAUUUUGGACGGGAGCCUAUCAAGAUUCAGUGGUAUCUCGACGGUGAAGAGCUGUCGGAAGAAGCGACUAUAAAGUUAGAUUACUCUGAGGGCUGCAGCAGUCUGCUUCUCACCAAGCUUCAGCGCAAGGACAGCGGCGAGGUCAAGAUGAAACUCAAGAAUGAGUUCGGCACCGUCGAGGCCAUCAGCCAGCUUAUUGUACUGGAUAAACCCACUCCUCCAAUGGGACCUCUGGAGAUUGUGGAAGCCUCCUCUUCUACAAUUGACUUCAAGUGGAGGCCCCCAAAGGACAGCGGGGGCUGCAAGAUAGACAACUACAUCCUUGAGCGACAGCAGGUUGGCCGCAACACCUGGAAGAAGGUGGGGCCGAUCGGUGCAGAGGCCAAAUACAAAGACUCUGAUGUGGACCACGGCAGGAGAUACUGCUAUCGCAUCAGGGUGGAGACUGAAAUGGGCACCAGUGAGGUGAUGGAGACAGAGGACAUUCAGGCCGGAACGAAAGCAUACCCUGGACCUCCAUCUUCACCAAAGGUUUUGACUGCCUACAAGGACUGCAUUAACCUUUCUUGGUCUCCUCCAUCCGAAACCGGAGGAACCAAUAUCCUGGGAUACAAUCUGGAGAAACGCAAGAAGGGCAGCAACCUGUGGGGCGCAGUCAAUCCACCUGAUCAGAUGAUCAAAGGUAAGGGAUGUGGAGUUAAAGAUGUGGUUGAGGGCAUGGAGUACGAAUUCCGCGUCUCAGCAAUCAACAACUCCGGAGCGGGGGAGUUCAGUACACCAUCUGAGUUUGUGUUUGCCAGAGAUCCUAAAAAGCCUCCUGGUAAAGUCAUAGACUUCAAAGUGACAGAUUCCACCUACACCACCCUGUCCCUGUCUUGGACCAAACCCAAGAUCAUUGAGGGGGUUGAGGAUGAAGCCAAGGGAUAUUUUGUGGAGAUCAGGCCUGCAGAGAGCACAGAUUGGGACCGCUGCAAUUCCAAUGCAAUAACCAUGACUACCUAUACAGUGAAAGGUUUGAAGUCAAUGGGCAUGUACUGGGUGAGAGCAGUGGGUACUAACGAUGGAGGAGAGGGAGAGACACAGGAGCUGGAUAAUUACAUCCUCGCGACGCCCCCCCCUGUGAGACCACGAUUCACAGAUGCCAAAAUGAAGAGUUUCAUGGUGGUCAGAGCAGGGAAUUCUGCACGAUUCACCAUCAACUUUGAGGCAUCUCCUUGGCCCGAGGUCAUCUGGCUGAAAGAUGGAUCGCCAGUGCCUAAAAAGGUGACCAUCAGCAAUGCAGAGGGAACAUCCCAGCUGCUGAUUCCUUCCGCCGAGCGCUCAGAUACUGGAAUCUAUACCAUCAUUGUCAAGAACAUUGUCGCCCAAGAAUCAUUCAGCAUUGAAAUAAGAGUCACUGAUGAGCCGAAGCCGCCGGGUCCCGUAGAGACUGACGAAAACGUGCCGGGCACAGUGACUAUUUCAUGGACCCCAUCGCCGGAUGAGAAACGUGACGACAGGCUGCACUACAUGGUGACUAAGCGCGACUCGAGUAAAAGCACGUGGCACACCAUUGCAGAUCGCAUCUUCAACAACAGAUUCACACUCUGCAACAUAAUGCCGGGCAGAGAAUACCAAUUCAGGGUCUACGCAAAGAACGAUAUGGGCUCCUCGAAGCACUCCGAAUCACAGAAGUGGCUGAUCCCCAGCAAAAGAGAAAAGUUCACUGUGUCCAUGCCAGAGACGAAGCCAUGUGAUCUUCAGUGUCCUCCCAAGUUCCUUGUGCCCCUGAAAAUGCACACUGCUCCUCAGGGGUACGAAUGCUACAUGAGCUGUGCCAUUAAAGGGGAUCCAACACCUCAUGUGACGUGGCUCCGCAACAACAUCAGUCUGAAUACCAACACCAACUACUUCAUCUCCAACACCUGCGGAGUCUGCUCUCUGCUCAUAUUGAGGGUCGGAUCUAAAGACGUCGGCGAGUACAAGAUUGUGGCGGAAAACUCGUUGGGGAGGGCUGAAUGCUCCACUAAACUGACAGUCAGAGAAUAAAUGAAAAUGGAAGAAUUGCUCCAAAAUGCUUAAAGACAAUUUGUUGGAAAUUCACAAAUUGUCAAAUGCAAAUGAAUGAUUAUUUACUAUUGCUGUGAUACUUUACCAAUUGGUUUCUAUUGGCGGCAUUUGUUUAAAGUUUAACUCACAAUCAAGUCUUACAGAUGCACAUUUUGCUGAGAUAAAAGCCACAAACUUGGUUGGCUUGUUUGGAUUUCUAUUGGAUAAUCUCUAUCAAAAGGAAGAUUUACUAGUGUGCAAUGCCUUAUACUAUAAUGCAUGUAGCAUUCAUGUUAAAUAGCAAAUGUAUUUUCAGUAUAUGUAACAGUGUUUUUAUUGAUUUUUAGUCAUAUUACAAGAAGUUUGACUAACCUAACGGAGCCCUUAGUGUCUUUGAAUUAUUUUUUGGGUGUGGUUUUGAUCAAAUUACUUUUUUGUCAUAAUUGAUUUACAGUUUUCUGCCAAAUGACUUAACAGCAAAAAAUGAACAACAAAUGUAUAUGAUACUGACUGUUACAGUGUGUUAUGUGAUAAAACUGUUUCGGUGUAGUAUAAAUAACUAUGUCAUACUGCUAUUGUGAGGUGGGAUUUUUAAUCUGAUUUACAUCAAUUUGAAAAAUACUUAGCUCCAAAAAGAAAAUGUCCAGUAUGCAGGUCUUGACAUGGCAUGGAAGUAUCAAACUUCAUACCACUUGUUCAUCUCCAUAAAUGUUUAUGUGAAUAAUUUAUGCCCAGUCUUCUUGAAUUACCACACUGAGCAUUUUUUUUGAGAGGUCAGACAUAUGUCCAAGUUUAGAGUCACAGAAGAAGAGAGAGUGAACAGUUGCACCAUGGGAUAAAACGUGUAUGACGAGAGCAGGAUGACACCUCUCAGUUUCAAAGUGAAGUUCUAGUUACAAUGUUAUAAAAUAUAUGCAACUUUGUCAACGUCAUUUCUGUUGGGUUUCAGUCCAAAAUGUUAAAAAAUUAAAAUUCAGCUUUCCA